AUGGCCUCUGACGAGAUCCCUGCUGCCGCUCCAGGCCCCGAUGCCUCUUCCAGCGCCACUCCCGUCGCCCAGGAUUCCAACGACUCUCAGAACAAUGCCGACCGCAGCCAGAAUCGCAACGGCAAGCGUGGUGGCCGCGGCCGCGAGAGAGGGAAUGACAAACCCGGCGCUCAAGGAAAGCGUAAGCACGGCGGCUUCGGAAGCGCAAAAGGCCCCGUCCCCGACAAGCGCGAACAGGUCCGGAAUAACCGCGAUGCCAAACGCCGCAAGGUGAUCGACGAGGAAGUUGGCGGCAAGAGCUUCAUGAGCAUCGAGUUCACCCCCGACGAGAUCAAGGCCGAAGACCGCCGACCGAAGCGCAAGGUUGCCGUCCUGAUUGGCUACGCCGGCACCGGCUACCACGGCAUUCAGAUCAACCACAAGGAGAAGACAAUCGAGGGCGACAUCUUUGCAGCUUUCGUCGCUGCCGGUGCCAUUUCCAAGGCCAACGCCGAUGAUCCCAAGAAGUCAAGCUUGGUCCGCUGCGCGCGUACAGACAAGGGCGUCCACGCCGCUGGCAACGUGUUGUCUCUCAAGCUCAUUGUCGAGGACGAAGACAUUGUUGAAAAGAUCAAUUCCCACCUCCCCGAACAGAUUAGGAUAUGGGGCAUCCAGCGCACAGUCAACGCUUUCAGCUGCUACCAGUCAUGCGAUUCGAGGUGGUAUGAGUAUCUCAUGCCCAGUUAUUCGCUAUUGCCUCCCCAGCCACAGAGCUUUCUUGGAAAAAAGAUCCUCGAGUCGGCCAAAGAGAAGGGCGUGUUGGAGGAGCACCUCGAACGCUUGGAUGAUGUGACGGGAUUCUGGGACGAGGUGGAGAAGAACGAUAUCGAGCCUAUCCUUGCUAGACUAAGCCCCGAGGUUAGGGCUGAGGUUUUGCGUAAGCUUCAAGACAGCAACGACAAGGAACUCGCCGAGGAUGGACAGCCGGUCAAAAACGACCAAGAAGAGGCGAGCAAAGAUGCGACCGCUGACAAAGAUGUUGAAAUGUCCGAUGCUGCCGAGCCCCAGCCCGAGAAACCGGCCGAAGAGGCCAAGCCAGUCGAGGAGACACCGCAAGAACCAAAGCCUGAGAAGGAGUUGAGUCCCGUUGAUGCGGCCGUCCGAGAUAUCAAGGCUGCCUACGUCGCGGCGAAGAGAAGAUACAGGAUCUCGCCAGCCCGUAUCGAGAGGCUGCAACAAGCCCUGAACCUCUACCUGGGCACGCACAACUAUCACAACUAUACCGUGAUGAAGUCCUUCAAGGAUGCAUCUGCCAAGCGUCACAUCAAGUCGUUCGAGGCCAACACCACUCCUAUCCAGAUUGGCGAUACCGAGUGGCUGUCUCUCAAGGUCCACGGCCAGAGCUUCAUGAUGCACCAGAUUCGCAAGAUGGUCGCCAUGGCGGUCAUGGUCGUUCGCUGCGGCGCCCCGCUUGAUCUCAUCAAGGAGAGCUACGGGCCUCGAAGGAUUAGCAUCCCCAAGGCGCCCGGUCUUGGUCUCAUGCUGGAACGUCCCAUGUUUACAGAGUACAACAAGAGGGCCGCCGGGUUCGACAAGGAGCCCAUUGACUUCUCCAAGUACGAGGAUCAGAUCAUCAAGUUCAAGGACGAGCACAUCUAUCGGAGGAUGUUUGAGGUGGAGGAGAAAGAGAACUCGUUCCACUUGUUCUUCAACCAGGUCGAUAACUUCCGCACCGACUAUUUCCUAUGGGUGACGGCCGGGGGUGUGGACGCUUCCCAUGAGCGGUCUGAUCGGACCGAGAGGGUGCCCAAGGCGUUGGAGGCUGAGCUUGGCGAUGAGGCUGAUGGGGUGGUGGAGGAUGGAACGUAA